AUUAAACACACUCCCUUAGUCUCUUUCGCCUCACACUCUUAUUGCUGCUCUGCCUUACGGUUCACGCCAAACGCCUGCUGUUCACUCUCUCCCUCUCUACAUAAACGCACAUUCAUAUUUACACUUGCACAGACUUGGUGUCUUAUCCAUCAUAAACAUUCAUGAGAGAGAUAUGAACUCUGCUCUGCUGCUAUUCACUACUCUUAACUUCUUCAUUCUCGUUUCUCUCCAGUGAUUUACUGCCUCUGGAAUUGUGCUACAUUUCGUCAUUUUUCUUCUCUUCUUCUUUCGAUUCUUUGCAUUUUGCUCUGUUUGACGUUGGGUUGGAGGAGGCAACGUUGUUGGUUUUCGAAAAGAACAAGAAAAUGAAACUGGGUUCCUUUUCUGUAAUGGUGGUGUUUUUGCUUUUGUUACCUCUCGCUUCACCUCUCAGUGAUGAAGGCAAGGCAUUAAUGUCCAUAAAAGAAUCAUUCAGCAACGUGGCUAAUGUGCUGCUGGAUUGGGAUGACGUUCAUAACGACGAUUUUUGUUCAUGGCGAGGCGUAACUUGUAGCAAUUUCAGCACUUCUGUUGCUGCGCUAAAUUUGUCGAGCCUCAACUUGGGGGGAGAAAUUUCGCCAACCGUUGGAGAUUUGAAGAAUCUGCAAUCUCUUGACCUCCAGGGAAACAAUUUAACUGGUCAAAUUCCAGAUGAGAUUGGUUACUGUGUCUAUCUGAUGCAUUUGGAUUUAUCAAAUAACAUGUUAUAUGGGGACAUACCCUUCUCAAUCUCUAAGCUUAAGCAACUUGAUUUCUUGAACUUGAAGAACAACCAGUUCACUGGUCCGAUUCCUUCUACGCUCACACAGAUUCCUAACCUUAAAACUCUUGAUCUUGCUCAAAACCAGCUUACAGGUGAGAUACCAAGAUUGAUAUACUGGAACGAAGUACUUCAGUAUCUUGGUUUGCGCGGAAAUUCAUUAGCAGGAUCAUUGUCCCCUGAUAUGUGCCAGCUCACCGGCCUGUGGUUCUUUGAUGUAAGGGGUAAUAACCUGACCGGAACAAUCCCAGACAACAUUGGUAAUUGUACAAGUUUUGAGAUCUUGGAUAUCUCCUACAAUCAGAUCACUGGAGGGAUUCCUUACAAUAUAGGGUUUCUACAAGUGGCUACUCUGUCUCUACAAGGAAAUCGGCUAACUGGAAAGAUUCCAGAGGUGAUAGGUUUAAUGCAAGCCCUUGCUGUCCUGGAUUUAAGUGAAAAUGAACUAGUUGGACCAAUACCUGCUAUUCUAGGCAAUCUGUCUUACACCGGAAAGCUGUAUCUUCAUGGGAACAAGCUUACUGGAAGAAUACCACCUGAGCUGGGAAAUAUGACAAAACUAAGCUAUUUGCAACUAAAUGAGAAUCAAUUGAAUGGUGUAAUUCCUGCCGAACUUGGGAAAUUGGAACAACUUUUUGAGUUAAAUCUUGCAAACAACAAUCUUGAAGGGCCCAUUCCUGAUAACAUCAGUUCUUGUACAGCAUUAAAUCAAUUGAAUGUGCAUGGUAAUCGCUUAAAUGGUUCAAUUCCAUCUGGACUGAAACAUCUAGAGAGCCUAACUUAUUUGAAUCUUUCAUCCAACCAGUUUAUGGGCAGCAUACCAGUUGAGCUGGGGCAUAUCAUCAAUCUUGACACAUUGGAUCUAUCAAGCAAUGGUUUUACUGGACAAAUUCCUGCUUCUGUUGGAGAUCUGGAGCAUCUUCUUACACUGAAUUUAAGUCGCAACCAUCUUGAUGGCCAAAUUCCUGCUGAAUUCGGUACUCUUAAGAGCAUACAGGAAAUCGAUAUUUCAUUCAACACAUUGUGGGGCAGCAUCCCAGAAGAGUUGGGGCAGCUGCAAAAUCUCGCCUCUCUCAUUCUAAAUGACAACAAUUUGAAUGGAAGAAUUCCCAACCAACUAACUAAUUGUUUGAGCCUUGCCUAUCUGAAUAUUUCAUACAACAACUUUACCGGGGUUAUCCCACAGGGCAAAAACUUCUCCCGGUUUCCACCUGACAGCUUCAUUGGAAAUCCAUUAUUAUGUGGUAACUGGCCGGGUUCAAUAUGUGACCCCACUCCAAAAAUCAAAGCUAUGAUUUCCCAAACAGCUGUUGUUUGCGUUACAUUAGGCUUCAUUGCUUUGUUAUCCAUGAUAAUAGUUGCUAUUUACAAGUCCAAUGUGCCAAACCAGUUUCUGAAAGAAUCCAACCAGAGCAUUCAAGGUUUUACAGUUCUUCAUAUAAAUUUUCCUACCUCAAACAAUAUUUUCUUUGUCCAGAUUUACAAGUAUGUUACUUUCUUGUCAGGUUCGCCAAAACUUGUUGCUCUUCACCUGGAUUUGUCAAUUUAUACAUAUGAUGAUAUUAUGAGGCUCACUGAGAAUUUGAGCGAGAAAUACAUAAUAGGAUAUGGAGCUUCCAGCAUUGUAUACAAAUGCAUAUUGAAAAAUUCCCGAUCAAUUGCAAUUAAGCGACUUUACAGUCAGUAUCAAUGUAAUUCUGGCGAGUUUGAGACUGAACUCGAGACAAUUGGCAGUAUCAGGCACAGAAACUUUGUGAGCUUGUAUGGAUACUUGCUUUCACCCCAGGGAAAUCUUCUCUUCUAUGAUUAUAUGGAAAAUGGUUCUCUAUGGGAUCUUCUUCAUGAUCCAUCUAAAAAGGUAAAACUCGACUGGGAAACACGCCUGAAAAUUGCUGUUGGUGCUGCACAGGGACUCGCUUAUCUUCACCAUGAUUGCAACCCAAGAAUCAUUCAUAGGGACGUAAAAUCCUCAAAUAUUCUGCUCGAUGCAAAUUUUGAAGCUCAUAUCUCUGAUUUCGGCAUUGCAAAAUGUAUACCUAAUGCAAAAACUCAUGCAUCUACCUAUGUUCUUGGAACGAUAGGCUAUAUCGACCCUGAGUAUGCCAGGACUUCCAGGCUAACAGAAAAAUCUGAUGUCUAUAGCUUUGGCAUUGUUCUUCUUGAGCUAUUGACUGGAAAGAAGGCUGUGGAUAACGAUCUGAACUUGCAUCAGCUGAUAUUAUCGAAAGCAGAUGAUAACACGGUGAUGGAGACCGUGGAUCCCGACGUGUCUGUUACCUGCAUGGACUCAAGUCACAUAAGGAAAACCUUUCAACUUGCUUUACUUUGUACGAGACCUCAUCCAUUCGAAAGGCCAACGAUGCAUGAUGUUUCUCGGGUUCUUGUCUCCUUACUGCCACCCCCUCCGAUGAAAACUUGCUCGGCUUCUCCUACAAGUAUCAACUAUGCAAAGUUUGUGAUUGGAAAAGGACAGACCCAACUGCACAUGCCUCCACAGCAACUCCAGCAAGACAACAAUUCUUCUGAUGCUCAAUGGUUUGUUAAAUUUGGUGAAGUUAUAUCCAAAAACAGUCUCUAAGAUUAUUGAUGGAUCCAUUUAUAUCUAUUAUGGAAGGUGGGGAUGGAUCAAGGGACGUGAUAAUCCCAAUUUCCUUUUAUCACAUUACUGAAACAACUAGAUGAAAAUUGCCGGGAUUAUAUUUAGCUUUUUGGUACAAGAAAACCUAAGACCAUUUAUAUAUGUACUGUGAUACUUCUUAAAUUUCUAUAUAUACAGGUAUUUACACCGCUAGUAAAUCCUAUCAUGUUCAUUUA